AUGGCUCUACGACAACUAUUGCCAAUCAGCCUCUUUGCAGCCCAGGUCAUCGGUGCUGCGCAUCCUCUCAUCACCCCAGCGCCGAGCUUAGAGGACCGCGAUCAAGCUCUUGCACGACGGGAUUUUGAUCCCGCCAGUUAUCUCGAUAGCGUCUUCAGUGGACUAGGAAGCGAUGUCUCGAGCUUCAUCGCAUCAGGCGUCCCCCAAUUCUUCCAGAAUCUCCCAGUUGGUGACCGCGUAGAAGAGGAACUUGGAAUUGACGACGACGACCUCAAAGCUACGCCAACUCAGGUUCUCAACGUCCCCGGGUACGCGAAUUGGACCGAUGAUGGGUGGAACGUCCGAAUACACGGAAACGUCUACAAACAGCCCAAUAUCAGUCAAGAGAAGCUCGACGACCUAGCCAACAUUUUCCUCAUCGGUGUGGAUAUCGAUGAACUCCCGGAGGAUCAGCAAAGGAACGCCCGCAACUUGACGGCUUCGAUAUUUGUCGUGCAGCAGGACAACGUGAGCGUCACCGUCAACUUCCAAAAUGAUGUGGAGGUUCACCCGGACGAGAGUGGCGGUGUCAUUAAUGCCAAGGGGGGUGCGCAGACCAUCGAUCUGCCGUACAACACGACAUUCGAAGGAGAUUUCGACGCGUGGUUGACGCUCCGAAAUACAACGGGAUCUGGUGGUGGCCACUUGAUUGCUGGAAACGCCACUGAUCGGAUUCAAGCGCUCAAUGUGUACACGAAUGGCACAGACUCUGGCAAUGCCACUGCCUACCUGGUUCCCCCAACCGGGUUCACUAUUGUCUCAGAUAUAGACGACAUCCUUCGCGUCACUAAGAUCUACGAUCCUAAAGAGGGUCUUCUGAACUCUUUCGCGCGGCCCUUCACGCCCUGGGAGAACAUGCCCGAGAUCUACGCCAACUGGUCAGCGACAAUUAACAAUUUCCACUUCCACUACCUCACGACGACACCCGAGCAGGCCACACGCAACUACAUGGAUUUCAUCUACAAGACGUACCCGCUCGGCUCCUUCGACACGCGGCCGCUCAACUUCUCGGACGUCUCGGCGACUCUCGCGAUCCGCCGGGCCCUGCUCGACAAGAUCUUCCAGACGUUCCCGCAGCGCAAAUUCGUGCUCAUGGGGGACACCACUAACUCGGACGUCAUGAAGGAUUACCCGCAGCUCGUGAAGGACUACCCGGGCCAGGUCCAGUGCAUCUUCCUGCGCAACACCACCGCCACGGACCCCACGGACCUCUUCCCCUACGACACCUCGGGCUUCGAGGACGUCGACGAGAAGCAGUACAUGUUCUUCGUGCACCCCGACGAUCUGCGGGAUGUGGACAUCGUAGGCGGCAACUGCCGGAACCCUGCCGUCGUCCAGAAUGUCACCUUCGGAUACCAGGGCCGCGGCUUCGGCAACGAGCCUGACUCUGCGGGCAGUGCGAUUGAGUGGACGUGGAGUGUGCUUUGUGCCGGACUUCUUGUGGCGCUGGGUCAGUGGGUGUUGUAA